AUUCUAUAUUUGUUUUCACAAAUCGUGUUCUAUAAAGUUUGGCUAGAGAGUGAACAGAUUAUUCUGUCAUCAUGCAAUAAUUGAUAUUAAUUAAUUUAUUAAUAUCAAUUUUUAUUUUAUUAUUCGUAUAUUAUUAACUGACAAUCAACAAUCAACAUGCGAAACGCAAGUUCUUUUAUUACAUACUUUCAAAUAUGCAGAUGCUUAAACUCGUCAAGUGCGUACUUGAAUUUAUACAGAGAGAGUAAAUUUAUUAAAAAAAUGCUGCAGGGAACUCGUAAGUCGAAAAGAAAGUGGCAAGACCCAACGAUAGAUUUACACAAUACUUUAGGAAUCGAACAGAGCAAUAAAACAGCCUCUGUGCAAACAAUGCGCAGAAUGGUGGUCCGAGAUAAACUUUUCAUGAAGCACAUAACAGACUUGAUGUCAUUGGGUGAAGUGUCUGAUAUCAUAAAUGGAGGCAUAGAGAUUACUUGUGUAAAAAUAACUCCGGAUUAUAAGUGUGUUAAUGUAUACUGGAUAAAUAGUACUAAUGAUGUCUCCUCGCCUAUUAGCAAGGAAGCGUUGCAAAAAUGUGCUAAAAUUAUUCGACAUGAGCUAUCACAGCUCCGUAUUAUAGGUAUAGUACCUCCUAUUCAAUUUGUCGAAGACAAGCGGUUUGCAACGGAGAAGGAAGUAGAAAGAAGAUUAGCAACAAUAAAUUUUAAGGAUGAGAAAUCUGAAGAAAUUCAAUUGGAUGUCUCACAUACUGAUAUAGCUGAUCAAACUUUGUAUAUGAAAUCAGAAACAAAUCAGGAUUCUGAGAUGGAUGAAUCUUAUAUAGAAUUGCCAAUAAUGAGACAUGAUGUAUUAGGAUUGGAUCAUUACAAAAUUAUGUCCAGGAUUAUCUCUUCUGUAUCCAAAUCAAAAGAGGCUGCACAAAGGCGGAUGUUAAACAUAAAUACUAAUGUUGAUAAAAGUUCUUGCAACUUAGUUUCAAAAGAACACGAUUUCUUAACACAGAAAGAGCAAAGUAAGAUCCUUUCUGAUUUUCUAGCCGCAAAACGGAAAGAAGAAAGACGCUUACAUCGGGCGAGAAAAUUGCUUAAACAUGAAAUGUUAAGCAAUUUUGAGGAAGAAAUAAAAUCUGAUCAUAAUGAACCUGAAGGUGAUUAUAAUGAGAAUAGCGACGAAUUUGACAGUCAAGUGCAAUGAUUUUAAGCUGAUAUAUUUCUCAACAAUCUUUAUUAUUCGAUAUAAAAUAUAAUACUAAUAUUCUACU